AGGUUCAUCAAAGAACACACACGGGUGAGAAGCCAUACUCCUGCUCUGACUGUGGAAAAUUUCACAACAUCAAAUGAUCUAAAAGUUCAUCAGAGAACACACACAGGAGAGAAGCCUUUUUUCUGCCCUGACUGUGGAACUAGUUUCUCUCAACUUUCCCACUUAAAAUUACAUGAACGUAUACAUACAGGGGAGAAGCCAUACUCCUGCUCUGACUGUGUAAAAUAUUUCAAAACAUCAACUGAGCUAAAAAUUCAUCAUAGAAAUCACACAGGAGAGAAGCCAUACUCCUGCUCUGACUGUGGAAAAUGUUUUAAAACAUCAACUGAGCUAAAUGUUCAUCAUAGAACACACACAGGAAAGAAGCCAUACUCCUGCUCUGACUGUGGAAAAUGUUUUAAAACAUCAACUGAGCUAAAUGUUCAUCAUAGAAAUCACACAGGAGAGAAGCCAUACUCCUGCUCUGACUGUGUAAAAUAUUUCAAAACAUCAACUGAGCUAAAAAUUCAUCAUAGAAAUCACACAGGAGAGAAGCCAUACUCCUGCUCUGACUGUGGAAAAUGUUUUAAAACAUCAACUGAGCUAAAUGUUCAUCAUAGAAAUCACACAGGAGAGAAGCCAUACUCCUGCUCUGACUGUGUAAAAUAUUUCAAAACAUCAACUGAUCUAAAAAUUCACCAUAGAAAUCACACAGGAGAGAAGCCAUACUCCUGCUCUGACUGUGGAAAAUGUUUUAAAACAUUAAAUGAGCUAAAAGUUCACCAGAGAACACACACAGGAGAGAAGCCUUAUGUCUGCUCUGACUGUGGGACUAGUUUCUGUCAACUUUCCCAUUUAAAAUCACAUGAACUUAUACAUACAGGGGAGAAGCCAUACUCCUGCUCUGACUGUGUAAAAUAUUUCAAAACAUCAACUGAGCUAAAAAUUCAUCAUAGAAAUCACACAGGAGAGAAGCCAUACUCCUGCUCUGACUGUGGAAAAUGUUUUAAAACAUCAACUCAUCUAAAAGUUCAUCAGAGAACACACACCGGAGAAAAGCCUUACUCCUGUUCUGACUGUGGUUUAAGUUUCUCUCGAUUGUAUACCUUAAAAAAACAUCAAAAUAUACAUGAAGGAGAGAAACCAUACUCCUGCUCUGCCUGUGUAAAAUGCUUCAAAACAGCAACUGAGCUAAAAGUUCAUCAGAGAACACACUCAUGAGAGAAGCCUGCUUACGUCUGCCCUGACUUUUGGGUGAGUUUCUGUCAAAGGCUAGACCAAAGUUAAAUGUAUAGCCAAAGGCUGCUUGUUUGAAUCUCAUCAAGGAGGACUUGAGCAUUUCAGCUAAUUAGCAACUUUGCAACUACUUACAACUUUUUAACUAUGUUUGCAUGUUAGCUUAGCAUUCAACUACUUAGCAUUUUAGCUAACCUUUCCCCUAAACCCAUUUAACUCUACCUUAAACCCCUCACCCCUAACUUAGCUAACGUUAGCAACAACAAAUUGGAAUUCGUAACAUACCAUACAUAUUACAAGUGCGUAACAUGUUGUAUAAAUAGCAAUGCGUAAAAUAACAUACGAAUUGUAAUUCUUAACAUACGAUACAUCCUACAAGUCGUAUUAUACUGAACAACAAUCUAAACGUAACAAGUUCAAAGAUUUAUGGUUCGUAUAAGGAAAUCAAUUUUAAAUAAAUGAGCCCCUAAUCUAUGGAUUUCACAUGACUGGGCAGGGGCUCAGGAAUGUGUGGGACUUGGGAGGGCAUAGGCACACUUGGGAGCCAGUCAGAAUUAGUUUUUCCCCACAAAGGUCUUGAUUACAGACAGAAAUACUACUCAGCCCCCCUCAGACAAUCCUGCAGGUGAAGAGGUCCUGGGCUGCCGUGGUUACAUGUGAUCUGCAGUUGUGAGGCCUGUUGGAUGUACUGCCAAAUUCUCUAAAAGGACGUUAGAGGUGACUUAUGGUAGAGAUAUACAUAUUGAAUUCUCUCCUGCAGUCAUCAUGACAAUUGCAUAUUCCCUGAACUUGAGAUAUAUGUGACAUUAUGUUGUGUGGCCUUUUAUUGUCCCCCAGCACAAGGUGCACUUGUGUAAUGAUAAUGCUGUUUUAUCAGCAUCUUGAUAUGCCACACCUGUCAGGUGGAUGGAUUAUCUUGACAAAGGCUGAAAUGCUCACUUACAGGGAUAGUAACAAUGUUGUGCACAACAUUUGAGAGAAAUGAGCUUUUUCUACACAUGGAACAUUGCUGGAAUGUUUUAUUUCAGCUCAUGAAACCAACACUUUACAUGUUUACUUUAUAUUUCAGUUCAGGUUACAUUGGUCGGCCAAUGUAAUAUAACCUAACAUACUAAAUGGAGUGGCACGGAUGUUUUUGUUACACAAAAUACGUUUUGCUCUGAGACCAGGUUGUCCCUCUGCAGUAUUUUGUAGACACUAAUUUAAAAAAAAAUAAAGGUUCUACACAUUAACUAGGCAAGUCAGUUAAGAAUAAAUUAAGAAUAAAUUCUUAUUUACAAUGAUGGCUUAGGUACAGUGGGUUAACUGCCUUGUUCACUGGCAGAACAACAGAUUUUUACCAUGUCAGCUCGGGGAUUCAAUCUAGCAACCUUUUGGUUACUGGCCCAAUGCUCUAACCACUAGGAUACCUUCCGCCCCUAACAUGAAUCAGAUAGAGAUGGUAUGAUGAUCACUUUUCACCACUAGUUUGGGGGGAUUAUUUUACAACUUUAUUUAAUGAUACACAGUUUAUGAAAUUAAUCCAUGUGUUUAUAAAUUGUCUGUAAAACUAGAUAUUAUAAAACUAGAUAUUAGAUAUAGUUAUUGUAGUUACUGAUCAUGAAUGUGUUUGGAAAACUGCAUUGAAAACUUUAUUGAUCUGCCAAUAAAAAAUAAAGUUACAUGAAUAUGUA